UAAAUCAUUAUUUAUGCAUUAGUUAUUUUAUGUUAAAGUUUGUAAUUGUUAUAAUACAUCGUAAGAAAUGAAAGGAGAUCAUUAUUGGCACUAUUAACAAAGGAACGAGUCGAUUGUUUACGCACAAUGGAGCAUCUAGAAUCGUUUUACAGCAAAGUGAAAGAUCAAAUAAGCAGCCAAGAAGAUGCUCUGGUCGUUAUGCUGCAUCACUACUUGCUGUCAAACCGAAUGCAUUGCGUGGGAACGGGGGAGGAAUGGAUCAAACCCGUCAUGAACAUCCAAAAAGAUAAAAUGCCUCCUAACUGGAACUCCACGAAAGAAUCGUAUAAACUGAGAUACGUGGACGACAACGCUAACCGAUUCUUAAUGGAAGUGCAUCCGUACGAAACGAAAAGAAAAAAGAAACUCUUCGUCUAUUUACACUGCUUACAGGAGAAAAACACUUGCGCCACUGUUAUUAAUGUGAAAGAUAGCGAAGACACUGGGAAAUCGCCGGAACAACCUUAUAAGGAAGAGAUUCAGAUUUAUCAAAAUAUUCUACAACACAUGAAAGAUAUCGUCUCGAAUAGAAACGCAAAGGAAACGGAAAUAGAAAUGACAUCGAAGAGAAAGCUUAAAGAAGGCACAUCGUCUUCGUCUCCAGCGCCGACACCAGAAACACAAGAAAUUUCGAGUAAAACACAGAAGAAACAAUCGUCGGAACCUUCGUCUAAGAAGACCAAAGAACACGUUACAAGUUCUUCGUCAAAGGCGUCGAAGAAGGGAGCUCCGAAAUCUCCAUCAAAGGCCAAAGAACAGGAAGUACCCAAGAAGAAGGGGAAAGUUUCUCAAGAAUAAAAAUAAACUGAACGUUUCUACAAAAGAAUAGUCAAAAUUAAAGAAACUCUUGCCAAAAUCUACCUUAUAUUCUAACUCUUUAAAGUAGAUAAAGUGGAACGUAAAAAUCCCUAGAAUAUUUCUUUGAAGGAAGUGAAAUUACCUGAAAAGGGUAUAAAAUUCUCCAAAAGAAGUGUAAUUUCAUAUUCAAAUUCAGCCGGAAAAAUAUUUUUAUCA